UGCUCCAAACUGCUGAAACUGCAGAGCCUAUACACCUGUCCUUUUCCUCAUCUGGGAUGAUCUUCUCUGUGCUGACUCACUUGUGGGCAUUGGGACUGCUUGGGGUGUCAACAGUUAGCACCCUGGAAUCAGGAGGGUCCACUGAGCCUACCCCUUGCUCCAAAGGCUGUACCUGCCUGCAUGAUGAUUACAGCGCAGAACUCAAUGUGUACUGCAGUAUGUGCAAUCUCACUGAGGUACCCUCUGAUGUGCCACUUUCCACACGCUCCCUGUGGCUAGAUGGAAACCUAUUUACCUCUCUGCCUGCUGGCUCCUUCAAAGAUCUUAGCAAUCUGGACUUCCUGAAUCUGCAAAGUGGUCAGCUGGCCACAGUUGAUGCCCAAGCUUUCAGAGGUCUGCACAUGCUGGCACACCUACACCUGGAGCGCAAUCGACUCCGUUCUCUACCACCUUCUGUCUUCCAGAACAUGCCUAAUUUAGCAUCCCUUAGUCUUCAUAACAAUCAGCUAUUACGUAUUGAGGACAAGCUUUUUUCUAGCCUCUCCAAUUUGUGGCUCCUCAAUCUUGGUUGGAAUCAACUAGUUGUGCUGCCUGAAAUGGGUUUUCAGGAUCUACAUGGCCUCAGAGAGCUUGUUCUAGCAGGGAAUCGGCUAGCUUAUAUACAACCACAACUAUUCCAGGGCCUGACUGAGCUCAAGGAGCUAGACCUUACUGCAAACUCCCUAAAGGUCAUCAAGGCUAAUGUGUUCCUGAAAUUGCCAAAACUGCAGAAGCUAUACCUUGCCCAAAAUCAGAUUGUCACUGUAGCACCCAGAGCUUUUCUAGGUAUGAAAUCCCUCCGUUGGUUGGAUCUUACUAACAACCGACUCACAGCAUUACAUGAUGAGACAUUUUUGGGCCUGCAUAGCCUUCAUGUUUUACGACUUUCCAACAAUUCCGUUAGCAGCCUUAGACCAAGAACCUUUCGUGACCUUCAGUAUCUUGAGGAGCUGCGUCUGAGUCACAACAAGAUCCGUGUUCUUGGUGAAAGGAUCUUUGAGGGUUUAGGUCACCUAGAGAUGCUGGAGCUAGAAAACAACUUGGUAACUGAAGUACGUGGUGGCGCCUUUUUGGGGUUAUCUCGUAUAGCUGUAAUAAAUCUGUCUGGCAGCUGUUUUCAAAGUCUUCCAGAUCAGGUUUUUAAAGGUCUUUCAAAGCUUCACAGCCUUCACUUAGAUAAAUGCUGUCUUAUCAAAAUAUCGUCCCAAGCCUUCAUGGGACUCACAGGUCUUCGACGUCUCUUCCUCCAACAAAAUAAUAUAUCUGUGGUGGAGCGCCAGAGCUUUAUAGACCUCCAGGUUCUUCAGCAGCUUGACUUGAGGUUCAACAAGCUUGAGUUCCUAUCUUCUCACACCUUCUAUGGCCUGAGGAACCUUGACUAUCUGCUUCUAUCAGGCAAUUUAAUUCGUCAGAUUACAUUAGAUGUGCUUCACCCACUGCAGCAUAUUUCUUGGUUAGAUAUCUCUGACAACCAGAUUGAGUCCCUACAGAAUGGCACGCUACAACUGCUGCCAAGGCUACGCUACCUGAAUCUCAACAACAACGCUCUCAGCAGCCUUCCUGUUGAGUUCCCUGACAACCUGGACCAACUGUUACUGUUGGGAAAUCGCUGGAGAUGCGACUGUGUGGCAAAACCCCUCAGAGACUAUAUCCUUAGUAAGCCCCAUGUUGUACCAAGACAAGUGGGGGUGCUGCCAGAGGGAGAGGAACCUCGCACACUUGUUAACAUCUACAACAACAUCACCUGUAGAAUCCCACCCAGUCUGACUGGUAUGGAUUUGAGGGACAUUCACAGUGAACAUUUCCAUGACUGCUGAUUCCCCUAAUGUCCCCUAAUUUGGGUUUAUGCCACAAAAAGUAAAUAUUUAAUGAGUUCCUUGUUUCUAUAAAAAAUCUUCUAGCUAUUUUACUGAUACAGUUUCAAAUAAUUUAAUUAUUUUGAAGGAUAAAUAUUUUUUUGCCAAACAUUCUUGGGUAGUGUUUCUCCUGUAUUUUACUUUUUUAAUUCACCACAACCCUUGUUUACAUUAUGCUCAU